AAAUUGGAAAGUAAAAAAGAAGAAUUAGAUGAGAUCAAGGAAAAAUUUGAUGAAAAAAUCGAAAUUAUUAAUAAGGUUAGAGCAAUUGAGUUAAAAAUCCAAAACCAAAUAGAAGAUCUUGAACGUGACGAGGUGCAAGAAUUUCAAAUCUAUACUGAUGAUGAGCUCGAUGCAAUGGACAAAGAUACAUUACAAGGAGAGAUUGAUAUUCUUAAAGAAAAAACCGAAAACGCCAAUCCAAAUCUAAAUAUUUUGAAGGAAUAUAAUAUUUAUGAAAAAGAAUAUAAAUUACGACAAAAAGAUUUGAAGAGAUUACAUUUAAGCGUAAUGAAUCUUAAAGAAAUGUACCAGAGGAUCGUUUUUGGAGGAAAUGCCGAGCUUGAAUGCGAUAACUUUGAUCCCUUUUAUGAUGGCGUCAUUUUUAGCGUUAAGCCGCCGAAAAAGAGCUGGAGAAAGAUCUCGGAUUUAUCUGGUGGAGAAAAGUUCUUUGGCUCUAGUAUUUGCUCUGCACCUACACCCAUAUAUGUUAUGGACGAGAUUGAUGCGGCCUUGGAUUUUCGUAAUGUUUCAAUCGUCGCAAAUUAUAUCAAAGAACGUAUUAGGGACGCACAAUUUAUUGUUAUUAGUUUACACGAUAACAUGUCUGAAUUAGCGGAUCAUUUAGUAGGAGUAUUUAAAACUGAUGAUCAGUCAAAAUCUGUUACUUUUAAUCCGCGUAAAUUUCAAGAACUUACAUUAAGUAAAAUACUUGGAAAAGACCCAUUAAAUAAAAAAUUAUGUGUAUAA